AUGAGUGGCGUGGGCGAGACCAAAUGGCGCCGCGGCUCCCAAACCACGGCCAACACCGCACCAGGCGGCCAAAACUCCCUCCGCGGCCGCCAAUCCGCCCAGAACUCCGGCACCAGCACCCCGAACCCGGAGCUCGGCAAGCGCCAGUCUCUGUCCUCGGCGUCGGGGAACACGUGGGAUAGGAGUAGGAGCGGGAGUGCCGCAGGGCAGGGGCAGGGGCAGGGGCAGCAGCGUGGUCCGCCGGGUGGUCAGGUAGGAGGGCAAAAAGGAGCAGGAGCAGGGGUUGGAGGACUGGAUGUUGGUAACGCGAUGACGGCGGCGACGGCGAUGGUUCAGGAGGAGCAUGUGCCUGUCAAUGGGUAUAAUGCGGAUGAGGUCCGCACGUUCUUGGCUACGGGGCGCGGAGGUGCCCAAGUUGAUGGGGUGAAGAGCGGGAAGGUCCCGGUGUGGAAGGCGGGAGGGGAGAACAAGGGUGUCAGGUCUGGGGGUCCGUGGGGCUCAAAACCUACGCAGAUGGCGAGUGGCCAGGACUUCUGGGUCCAGUUGAGGAAGCAGAUCGCGAGUCUCGAGCAGGGCAAGGCCGGCUGA